AUGUGGUGGCAUUGGUUAGAACCAUGGAAGAUGAUCAGACUCCCAAUUCAGAUAGAAGGAUUUUCCGAGAAUCUGGAUAGCAUGUGCGACUUAUGCCUGGUGCUCGUUAAAGGGGUACGAUGUUUGAAAGCUUUUGGGCCCGGAAACAAGACUUGUAGAGAAAAUUAUCCAUUUUACCCAAGACCGUCUGUUUUAUACAUCUCACCAGAUCUAGUCAGUGAGUUGGAAAAGACAUAUGAACGUCUUGAUCCGAUUGGCUAUCAACAAUAUCUUGCCUUGAUUGUUGUUCCAGGAAAAGGGCAUGAAACACCAGCGAAGGAAUGCGAUGAGAAACUCGUCGACAGGACGGGAGAGACCAACGAUAAACCUAUCGCUCCUCAUCAUCCUCAUUCCAAAGCACCACCUCAAUACACACCUUCCCUUGCCUCCGUAAAAACUGCAGUAAAUGAUACAACUUCAACCAACCCGGAAAAGAAUACGGGAAACAAAAUCCACUACGAGACAUGGACUCUCCACCAUGUACCUGCCCAUAAAGAGCAAAAUUGGUGGACAUGGCUUUGGUGCGACCUCAAGCUCUGGCCAGGCAGACCAGAAUACAUUAUGAAGGAAUGGUCAUCAUCGUCUGAUAUAUUACAUCCCGCCGAGAUUUUGGGAAUCAGACAGAGAUUUCAAGAUGUAACAAGGAGAAAAAUGAAUGGAUGUGGCAUGAGGAUGGAAAUCAAAGCAGGAGAAGAUGUGGAGGGACGAAUAUGA